AGGUCCUAUGAAGAAUGAUUUGGUCAUUUUUUGUGUUUUUUUAGAACAAAUUAUAAAUAAUAUAUCUCACUGAAUGCAUUUAAGGGUGGAAAUUGGACUUGAAAUAUAUUUGAUAAUCUCCGGCUAUUUCCGUCGCUAAUGUAUUCCAAUAUGGUGGACCACAGGCACCGGUCGGAAGAUGCCAGACAAAUGAUAGAGCCGAAUAGCUGUAUAAAACGCAAUAUUUUUCAAGUAAAUCACAAGACAGCCACCCUUGAAGUUCCAAGAUAGAAGCGCAUAUACUUCAUCUCGUGAGUGUGUUGUGUGGGAAGUAGAUCGAAUAGUCGAAACCGACGGACUGUCAUAAUUCAGCAUACAUUUCAGGAUUUCGACGGCGACGGGUAUCGAUUUGGCAUAAUUUAUUAUGCUGUAGUUUGUGUUCCACAGAAAAAGCAUUCUGUUAAACGCAUUUUUAGGAAUCAAGUAGCCACGCAUCACGAUGCCGUCAAUAAAUAUUGAUAUUAGAGAAGGAGACAUUAUCAAGUUGGUUUUGGAGUUUCUUCAAAGCCGAGAAUUGGCAAUCUCAAUGUUGUCACUGGAGAGGGAAACCGGGAUGGUCAAUGGAGCCUUCUCUGACGACCUACUUUUCUUGAGACAACUCAUCUUGGAUGGCCAGUGGGACGAUGCGCUUGAUUUCAUCCAACCUAUAAGUACAGACGAAGCGUUCGACUUAAAGAAAUUUCAGUACCUUAUCCUGAAGCACAAGUAUCUGGAGUUGUUAUGUUUGAAGUCUGAGCCCGGCCCCAUGCAGAAUAGUGAGUUCACAGUAGAAGAGGUUGUGAGUUGUUUAAACCUUCUGGAACUUUUCUGUCCUACAAAGGAGGACUACAGUAAUUUGUGUGUGUUGUUGACAUUGCCAAGGUUGUCAGAUCAUGUUGAUUAUAUGAACUGGAACCCAAACAGUGGCCGAGUGCAGUGCUUCCAUGAAGUGUUACCAUUGGUAGAAGAUUUUCUACCAUUGAUGAAAAAGGUUCCUGCUGAGUGCACAGCUAGAGGUGACCGAUUGAUUCAACUUGUAGUGAAAGGAAUCCUGUAUGAAUCUUGUGUGGAGUUUUGCCAACAUAAAGCCACUUGUAUAGAAGAAGAAAGCAGAGAUAUUGAACUUUCCACUGUGUUAAAUGGCUCCACUGGGAUAGAAGAUGAAGACCUUAGCCUGGUGUCGUGGCUACAAAGUUUACCUCAUUCCACCUUUGCCAAUCCAUUUGAGCAGAAAACCUUAAGGGUGGACCUAAAACCUUUGAUCAAGCCUUCUUUAGAGGCAUCCUGGUCUGAGCAAAUUCUCAUAACACCAAUUAAGCCCAAAAUGUUUCCUCAUAGUGCUGUGCCAUCUUCCAGACCAAUGUCAGCAGAUAUGCUUUCAAGGUCACUCAAUCCUGCACUAGAUGGACUGUCUCAUGGGCUGCAAGGCAAGCCUGAAGUUGCAAAAUUUGCCCAAAAGGAAGUCAAUCUUCUCUCAAGAUCAUUUGGCACAUUCCAUCUACAAAAAGGAAAUAUUGCCUCCAGAAGAAAUAAUCCCAUGAAUUCUUCUAUUGAUAAACUAUUUCAAAAUGCUGAAGUUGUUGAUACAAAAAACAGCAUCAGUCAUCAGCAGUUGGAUUCUGAGGUAUCCCCCUUGAAGACCCACAAAGUUUCACAAAAAGCAGGCGACCCGCUCAUUAGCUCCAGGAAACCCCAGAUUAGGUCUCCAGCCUCUUCUCUUCAAGGUCAAGUUAGUUUGACACCAGUGAGAUCAAGGUCACCAAAGCAAACCAACAGCAAUUCUUACAGUCAGCAAGGUUUGUUGAAUAGCUCUAGCACAGAACUUUACAGAGAAUAUCAGCGACAGAAAGAAAAGUUAAAAGAACAAUUAGCCAUGCGAGAACAGGAACGUGAAUAUUACCAAAGACAGUUGAUGGAAUUAGAAAACCGGCAGAUUCAGCUUGGAGAUAACAAGUACAGUGAAGAAAGUAGUAUCAGGGGAUCAGCACAUAAUCAAGGUGGAUUAGAAACUUUGGAUAAGAACACAUCAUCAGAAGGCUCUAGUUUACAUGUCUCACACUUAGGAGAGCCAGAUAUGGAAGAAAAGCCCUCCUCCCCUGCCAGGCCCAGUUUCCUGCCUGUAACUACCUUGGAGGAUGGUCAGGCCAUCAGAGCAGUGGCCUUCAACCCCCAAGGCCAUCUCUAUGCUGUGGGCUCCAACACCAAGUCACUGAGGAUAUGUGCUUUCCCUGAUCUCUCUGACCUCAGUGUGGAUCACAUCUGUACUCAGCCCAAUGUUGUCUUGAAGAGGACAAAGCACCACAAGGGCUCCAUCUAUUGUAUAGCAUGGAGUGGACAAGGAGACUUGGUAGCCACAGGCUCCAAUGAUAAAACCAUCAAACUGCUCAAGUUUGAUUCCAACACAUGUAAUAGUAUUGGUCCAGAUGUGGAGUACACUUUCCAUGAUGGAACUGUUCGAGAUUUGAUUUUCAUGCAGGACAAUCAGACUCCUCUACUUGUUAGUGGCGGUGCAGGCGACUGCAAGAUCUAUGUUACUGACUGUGAAACUGGGACACCCAUACGUGUUAUGUCUGGACACACAGGUCAUAUCUACUCUCUCCACACAUGGGGUGUAGGCUACAUGUUUGUCAGUGGUUCACAGGAUAAAACAGCUCGGUUCUGGGACCUCAGAAUGUCCUCUCCCAUCAGUAUAGUUCAGUCUCCUAGCCCAGGGAGUGCAUUUGCCUCUGUCUGUGUGGAGGGUACAGGGCGUCUCAUGGCAUCAGGACACGAGGACUCCACAGUAAUGAUGUAUGAUGUACGUGGUGCUAGGAUGGUGCAGACAUUUAAGCCUCAUGUGGGAGAGGUGCGAACUGCAAGGUUUGAUCACAUGAAUGCUUACUACCUCCUGACAGGCUCCUAUGACCAGAAGAUUAUGUUGACGGAUCUGAGAGGUGAUCUCCUGCAGCCGCUCCCCUCUGUGGCUGUGGCAGAACACAAGGACAAGGUGAUACAGUGCAGAUGGCAUCCAUCACAGCUAGCAUUUGUCAGCACCAGUGCAGACAGGAAUGUCACUUGCUGGGCACUACCAGUCAUUUAAUGUGUGCACUCAUUGGAUAUAACCUUAUAUGCUAUAAUGGACUACUGAGUACUUGCACUUCUAAAUUAAAUAUAUCAUAUGUGUCUAUGUACAAAAAAAUCUAAGGUCAAAAUACUUACCUUCAUAUGUUAAUUUAUAUUUCUUUUACAAAUUAGAUUGUAAAGAAAGUAACUUUCUGGUGAAAAAAAGGUCACUUAUCUUCAAAAAAUAAUAAUAAUAAUGAAAUAUGUCUUUGAACUAAAGGUGUGUCAGUGAUAAUUAUAUACUGACCACUUAAAUCAAGACUCAUGGCUGUACAUGAUGUCAUACAAAACUAGAUUGUCAAGAUUUUAGCUAUAUGGGUAAAAUCUCAAGUGAAGAUAAUUUCCCCUCAUAACUAACAUUUAAAUUACACUGAAAACAAGUUGGAUUGCUUCUACGUACUGUUGUUCAAAAUAUUAUUGGACAUUAAUUAAUUCUCUACCUUGAUGCUGCUCUUCCAAGCCUUGUAACUGAGGUGCAGUGCAUGCUUCCUUAGCAGUUUUACAUCCAAAGAAAAACUCUGUGUUAAUUAGUGCAUGUUCAUCACCCUCAGUGGUCAAAGUAAACCCAUUGUUUAUUCAGAUUCAGUCGGCAAAGAUCACUUGUUUACAUAAAUGCUUUUUGCAGUCAGACAUACACUCUUUGUCUAUUUUUAAAAGAUGCCUCCAAUAGAUUUUCAUUGGUUGUUCAGAAACACGAAUUAUGUCUUUUUUCAUAAAUUAUGGGAAGCCGAAACCCAUCAGAGAAAGAUCAAUUCUACCUUUGAUUUUUUGACUUUCAGCUUUUUUCAUAGCCAUUAAUGAAUCUUGAUUAUGAUAUAUGUGAUUAGGGAUGACAACUUGCUUGAUUUAUUUAAGAUUAUUUAGGUCAGAGUGUAAGAUGCAAGUCACCACCAUUUUUUAUUUAUAAAUGCUCAUGAUGUGCACAACUGAGCAAAAAUAGUCAUCAUUUUGGUACAGAUAUAGUUCAAGGUUGUUUUACACAAAGUACAAAGAGGUUAACACAUUAGCUAAUGACUAUCUUGGGUUGAGACAUUUCAUCAGAGUAGAUGUCAUUAGAGAAAAUGUAAUGGACCUAGAUGUUAAUGGACUGGUAUGGAACUGUCAUAAAACCAUAUAUAUAUAUAUAUAUAUAUAUAUAAGUUUAGGCAGUAGUUGGCAAACUGGGUUAGACAGUCUAUGCUUCUCUCAACUGCUCAUGUAUGUUGUAGCGGGAUCUGAUUGCUACUUGCAGUGCAGGUGACUGCAAGAUCUAUGUUACCGAUUGUGAAACUGGGACACUCAUACAUGUCAUGUCAGAAAUUACAGAGGUUUAUGGAUGUUUGAGACAUGCCCGAGUUCCAGCCAACUUCUUCAUUUUUAAAAUUCCGUGCAUGCCUGCUUUUCAUGUCUGAACAUCAGCACCACACUUCAAAUGUAUGUUAGAUGGCUGUUUGAACUGUCCCAUAUGUCUGUGUAUGGUACCAUAAAAAUGAGCAUUUGUGAUUGGUGUGGCAACCCUCUGUGAGACUUGCUGGUGCAUGCCACAAUCCAGGUGAGGAGGCUGGCCAGUGUUUGACCUGGUGCUCUUGUACCACUUCAAGAGUUUAGCUUAAAUAUUUUUGUCAAAAUUGUCCUAAACCACAACUGUUUUAUCUGGGGUGGAUUUAGGCCAUCUUCUGGGUCUUCCAGGAGACGGUCAGAUUUUCAAGUUUACGUUGACGCUUAUC